UUCGUAGCAUAUAACAGUUACUUUCCUAUACUAGUAUCAUAUAAUAUACAUGUCUAUAAGAAAAUGUGAACAAAAAAAUAAGAAACUUUAAGGCAAGCUGGGAAUCGAGAGCACCAUCUGACUGCACAGUAUUUACUAAGAGAGAAAACAAAAGGAGCGGCGAUGACGGCGUGGCGUGACAGCGUGACCGACGUCCUUGCCUUGGCGGUCGAACUGAGCGAGCAGGAGGACCUCCGAGCCGCCGUCAUAGGGAGUGUUGAGGGCGGCAUCAUCGCAGGAGUCCUUACUGCGUGCGGGGGGCUCCUGGGCGGUCCCUUAGGCCUUGCUGUUGGUGGCGCAGUGGGAGGGGUCGUGGCCGCGGCUGUAUCUCGUAAGAAAUUCAAGAGUGUGGCUUCCAUCAUAAUGAAUGACUUAAGCUCAACACAGAAAAAGAAACUCGUGGCCACUUUGACGAACGUGAUCCCCUCUCAGCUCGCCCUCAUGUCCGCUUCUCAACUACCGCCUGAGUUAAAGCAGCAGAUCAUAGAUGCAGUUAAACAGUUCUUUGGCAGUCACUUGAACAUGCAUGUGGAAUGAGGAUAAUUUUAGUGCUUUUGGCGUUUUUCCGUGCAUUUCUUUCAGAUUUUCGCGUGAGCCAUCAGGUAUAGAUGGGUGAUUACAUUUAAAAUAGUGUGGCCUUCCAUCUCGGGUCGUUUUUUUAUUUAUUAAGUAAUUGUGAUAAAUAGAAAACCAACAUGAAGGUAGACUUUUAUAAAUUGUUUUAUGUAUUGCAGUUAUCUCAGACGGUCUGGGAUAUUUCUGUGUUUCAUUGUGUUAUUAUGAAGACGAGGAAGUGGAUAUUGUCUUUUCUGAACCAUUUUAUGGUAUUUUCCAUAGCCUUUUUUUCGAAGAAAUUUAGAUAUUUUGUUUCAUAGUGUAGUUAUGCUUAAUGUUGGAUAAAUAGAUGAGGAUAUCUGCAUGAAAUGUUGGAACAGUAAUAGGAAUUUGUCUGUAUCUUCUGCCGCAUUUAUAUAUAUGUGUGUGUGUGUGUGUGUAAAUAUAUACAUAUAUAUACUUAUGUAUCUAUGUAUGCAUAUAUAUAUGUAUAUAUAUAUUUGUUUUCUUUUUCGGUUACAGUUUCUAAACUCUGUAUAUUUGAAAGGUUAAAGUAUACGUUUGCAAAAUAAAGUAUUUAGACGCC